AUGGAGCCGGCGGAUAUAGACUGGAAUAGACUGGAAUGGCGGUUCGUGAAGGACGACCUCUACGAGCACUUCGACGCCCCCAAAUGGGUUGACUUCUCUCCUUCUCCUAAGAGCUUCUCUCCCUCCUCCGUGCCAAAAGACGAGGCCUGGUUCUGCCGCCCAGGUGAGGGCCACUCCCUCUCCUCUCUUUUCUCUCUAGAAGAAACGACUUCUUCUCCUCUCUCUCUCUCUCUCUCUCUCUCUCUCUCUCUCUCUCUCUCUCUCUCUCUCUCUCUCUCUCUCUCAUCCUCCUCCUUGCUCCAGAUUGCAGGCAUCCGAAGACGGCCGAGGAUUUCCUUCACCUGAGACCUUCCCCGACCGGAGAUCAACGCAAGGUAGCCCCCGCCACUCGAUUCCUUUCCUAGUUUCUUGUUUCUCUUCUGAUCCUCGCUGACGAGGGCUUGCUGUCUUCUUCUUCUUCUUUCGUGCCGGUGAAGGUCGGGAAGACUUUCACCUCGCCGCUGGGCGAGAGAAACUUCAACAAGAACAGCAUUCUGAGGUUCAAUCUUCUCUUCCUCGAUGAAUCUAGAGGAAGACGUGUCCUUCUGCAAUUGAUCUGAAUAUUGAUCUCUAUCUCCUCGUUCAUCAGGGAUGCGAACCUGAAGAGGAGAGGCGCCCCGCUCCCUCCCGCAGGGGAAUCCCCCAAAUCCAAGCUGCCGGGGAAGACGAAGAAGUCGCGGGAGGAUCUCGAGAACCAGGACCCCAACCUCUGCCCGGCGACCCCCGACCGGGCGACUGCGAAGAUUCUCCUUAAGGAGACGAUCAAGUCAAGCGCCGAACGGCAGGAGCCGCCGCCGUUGAGCCUCCCGGCGAGGAACCUAUUUCCCAAGAAGGAGAUUCUGACCCAGAUCUCGGAGUUCUGCAAUGAGAUCAAGAAGCUGGCAAUGCCCCGGAGGGAUCGCAACGGAGGUCACAGCGGCGAGGAACAUCAAGAUGCGACGAAUACGCUCGGGGAGAGAAAGAUCGACGGGAAGGUAGAGGAGGUAGACGGAUCCCUUCCGGUUCUCCGGGAGCAAAAGAAGGAGAGGAACACCUGGUGCGCUCCCAUCACUGCUCACCCUCUCCAUUGAAAGAUCUCCCUUUCCCUCGAUCAUCGGAACCUUCGAAAUCUCCUAAUUCGCCCUGGAAUUGCUUCUCUAACAGCAGGAAGGAGGGGAUGGAGAAUCUCAGAAUUCCACCACCAGAGCCCAUGAAAGAGGGGGUGAAACUGGGAUUGCUGCAAGAGGUCAGAUCUUGCCCCCCAACUCCGCAACGGUUUGCUUCUCCUCUGGCCUCCCAAAAGAAAACCGCCGCCACCGCCACCGCCGCCGCCUCCGUCAAGUCUGUACCGCCGGUAAGUACCUUUCUUCCCCUUCGUCGACUCGCUGCACCAACCAGGUCUACGGCCUUACAUUCGAAUCAAAAACUUUCUUAUCAGAUCCAGGGGAUACUCAGAGAAAUGGUCGAGAUAGAUAUUGACGACGAUGAUGAUGACGGCGGAGUCGAUAACGGGAUGACCCAUUCGCCUGCAAGCUCUGGAUCCAAAACCUUGGACCUCUUCUGGUUUCUGAAACCCUGCGCCUCCUACAUCUGA